UAAUGCUGAUAGAAAACAAAAUGAGAGGCGCACGAUACGAUUCUCUCUCGGCGUAGUUUAGCAAACCUACGUCACCCAUGGGAAAGAGAGCUCGGAUCCCCUCUCAGAAAGCUCUAAUGGCGCAGGCCACUGCUGCGCGAAGCAAUGCACAGGUGAAAUCAAAAGGGAAUCAAGCUGGUACGAGUAGGAAUUCGUGUAAUUUUGAGAAAAUGGAACAAUUGGGAAUUGAAGAGGUGAGUGGGAAGGUUUUGAUGGAGGCUGAGCAAUUUGAAACUUCAGCAGUACAAGCUACUAAGCCAACAGGAAUUGAACAAGCAUCGAGCUCUGAAUCGAGGCAGCAAUCGAAAAUUGGAGGUACUAAGAUCCACAAGAUGAGGUUACUAUUCCAUUGCAUGCAGUAACAGAGAAGUCACAGAUGUGAGAAGUAGUGCGGGUAAUUGAUUCAAUAGGGAAGGGUAGGAUAUCCUGGGCUGAUAAAGUUGAGGCUGAGGAAGAAUUGAUGAAGAAGCCUUGAUUUGGGACAAUUUUGACAUAACCAAAAUCUCAAACGCGGGUUUCAAAUUGGACUUUGUAGCACCAAAAAUGCAUGGGGAAAUACCUGUUUGUGAGAUUGAAAUUGAGGAAUAGUACUGAAUUAGCUUAUUGGAAGAAUGCAGUAGUGUGUUAUGUACUUGGGGCACAUCCACCAUUUGUAGUGUUAAAUGGAUUUAUCCAGCGAAUGUGUGCAAAGCAUGAAAUAAACAAGAUAUUUAUGUUGAAAAAUGGGAUAGUACUAGUCCGAUUUGACGCAGAGGUGGGAAAAAAUGAGGUGUUUCAAGGUGGGAUAUACCAUUUUGACAAUAAACCCUUCAUAGUUAAAGCUUGUGAUCCUACUAUGGAAUUCAAUAGGGAAGAGUUAUACUCGAUUCCUAUAUGGUGAAAUUACCAGGAUUAGACUUCAAGAUUGGAGUCCAAAAGGGCUUAGCAAAAUUGGAAGCUUAAUUGGUAAACCUUUAAUGGUUGAUCAUCAAACCGAGAAGAAGCUAGGCUUGAACUUUGCUAGGCUUCUCAUUGAAGUUGACAUAGAUGGUCCAUUACCAGAGAAGAUAGUGUUUAAAAAUGAAAGAGGUAAUUUGGUCGAGCAGAAAGUCCAGUACGAUUGAAAACCUAUUUUAUGCAAAUGUUGCAACAAAUAUGGCCAUAAUGAGGAAGCUUGUAGAAGGAAACAACCAAAAACUCCACAAAAGCAAACAGAUGAUCAGGAAAAUGAAGUAGCCAAGGGAAGGGAGAAGGGCAAAGAGAAGACAGGGGACAAUGCAAGACAAGCUAGCCCUACUGCUGGUGAAAUACACAACAAAGAGGUUGAAGGAGCAAAGGGAGGGUCACAGGAAAAAGGGGUUGCAACAAUGAAUCAUAACAAGAGGAAUCAGGUAAAUGGAGCAGGGUGGAUAACUCCAUUAUACACAACAAUCAAGCAUACAGGCAAGUGCAGCAGGUGCAGACAUAGAAUUCUUUUCAGGCUCUUAACAGAACUGAACAACCUGAUCAGCUGGACAACAUGGUAAGUCGCAAUGAGGGAGGCUCAAAAAUACCUCUCUCAGGUAAUGGAUAAUAUCCUAUGCUGGAAUAUUAGGGGACUCAAUGGCCCUAAUAAGCAUAGGAAAGUUACAAUCCUCCGCAAUAGUGAGAAUAUAUGUUUGCUUGGGUUGGUUGAAAAUAAGGCCAAGGCUAAUAAAAUACGUGAGGUGGUGACAAAAAUAUUUAGGGGGUGGAAUUGUUUAACCAAUUUAGAACACCAUUAUAAUGGUACAAUCAUGUUGGUAGGGAGGCUGGAUUAUUUUCAUGUUACACAAAUGAGUAGCAAUGCACAGUCUGUGACAUGAUAUAUAGUGCAUUGCAACUUAAAAACUCCUUUUAUACUUAUUGUGGUAUAUGCCUAUAACACAAGAGAAGGAAAGAAAGAACUAUGGGGUUACCUGGAAUCUAUCAGCCUGGGAUGUAAACUGCCCUGGCUGCUCAUGGGUGACUAUAACUCGAUAUUGAAUAUAGAAGAUAGGAUAAGAGGGAGCCCAGUGACAAUGCCUGAGGUAAAGGAUUUUCAGCAAUAUGUUACCACAUGUCAGAUAGAACUUCCCUCAAGGGGAGCAUACCUGGAGUGAUAAGCAGGGAGGUAGUAGAGUGUACUCAAAAAUAGAUUGGGUGUUUGUGAAUGCGAAGUGGUAGGAUACCGUGCCAGAUUUUGUAACUAUGUUCAAGCCAGAAGGGAUUAGUGAUCACUGCCAUGUAAUGAUUGAGCAAAUCAAGAAUGGCAAGAAUCCAAAGAAACCUUUUAAGUACUGUAAUGUAUGGUCAAGUCAUUCAGAGUUCCAGACAAGAGUGUCACAAGUGUGGCAAAUACCUAUAGAAGGGUGCAUGAUGUUUCAAAUAGUUAAAUAAAUGAAAAUGCUGAAACAAAGUCUGAAGGAGUUGAACAAGAAGUUCUUUAAAGAUAUCGAGGCAGAGGCAGCAAAAGAUUGAGAAAAAAUUCUCUUGGCACAAUUGGCAUUGCAAGAAAAUUCCUUGGAUCAGAGACUGCAAGAACAGGAAAGGGAAAGUUACCUCAAGUUCAGGAGAUCCUCAUACUUGGCAGAAGUUUAUUUGCAACAACAAGCAAGGCAAGCUGGAUUAAACUAGGAGAUGAUAAUACAAAGUAUUUCUAUGCAGUCAUCAAGCAUAGGAAACUUCAACAAUCAAUAGUUCAACUGAAGGACAAAGAAGUUAGACUACACACAGAACCUGAGAGAAUAGCUAAUAUAUGUAGAAUUCUACCAAGAUCUAUUGGGGAGGAAAGGUGAACAAAGAACUACGGCAUUUAGCAGCUUCUGAAAAAUGGAAUUCUCUUGUCAGUGGAUUAACAAUUAGAACUGGUGAAGGAAAUUACUGGGAAGGAGGUGAAGAAGGCAAUGUUUAGCAUCGACAUCAACAAGAGCCCAGGGCCAGAUGGUAUGGGAGUGAUUUCUUUAGAAAAGCAUGGAACAUAGUAGGGGAAGGUAACAAAGGCAGUUCUACAGUUUCUGAGAGAUGGCAGACUACUAAAGCAACUUAAUGCAACCAUGAUUGCCCAGAUUCCAAAAGUACAUGAUCCUCAGUUGCCAGUCAGUUCAAACCUAUCUCGUGUUGUAAUGUGAUCUAUAAGUCCAUUUCAAAAAUGUUGUGCACCAGAUUGAAGAAAGUGUUACCAUACCUUGUAACUGAUAUACAAGCUGCAUUUGUGGAGAGGAGAUCUUUCAUUCACAAUGUCUUAAUUUGUCAUGAUCUACUUAGACACUACAAUAGAAAAACAACACCAAGAUGCGCCUCAUGAAGAUUGAUCUGAAAAAAGCUUAUGAUAUGGUCAGCUGGGAUUUCAUAGAAGAAGCUUUGCUUGUGUAUGGUUUCCCAUGUUCGUUUGUUCAGAUAGUUAUGACAUGCAUUACCUCGACUAAGUUUUCUGUGAAGGUGAAUGGUGAAGGACAUGGUUACUUUGAAGGAAGGAGAGUAUUGAGACAAGGGUAUCCAAUUUUUCCUUUACUCGUUAUUUUAGUGAUGGAAUACUUAUCCAGAACCUUGAAGAGAAUGAGUGACCUCCCUGAUUUCAAAUUUCAUCCAAUGUACAAGUCCAAUAUAUUCUUGGCAAGGCUUACAAGUGAAGUACAGGAGGAGAUCAUUGCAAUGACAGGAUCUGUACCAAGAACACUCCCUAUAAGGUACCCGAGGUUGCCUCUGUCUUCAAAGAAGUUGAGCAAGAUGGAAUGUCAGCAGUUAUUAGAUAAAAUUACAGAAAAGAUCACAAAUGCUUAUUCAAGGCAUUUGUCUUAUAUAGGAAGGUUGCAAAUCAUAAAUGAUGUCUUGUUUUCAAUCUAUAACUUUUGGGGAGCAGUCUUUAUUCUCCCAUAAAGUGUGCUUAAAGCAGUUGACAAGAGAUGUAGGGACUACCUAUGGGGCACAUCAGAGGAACACAAGAAGAUAGCACUGGUGGCUUGGGAGAAUGUGUGUAAACCAAAAAAGUAUGGAGGAUUGAACAUUGUAUACGGUGAAAUCGGAGGGUCCAAUUUCUCGUCCUCGAGGCGCCUCAGAAGAUCAUCUCAAAGGCUCGAGGCCGCGGCCGAUUAUCCUUCCUCGAAGGUCGUCGAUACUCGACCUCAGGGUAGUAAUGAUCACGGUAAUGGUAGAAAUGGGGAGUUCCCAAGGCAUGCGGCUAGGGCUGACACAGUCUAGCGGGCUACUCUGAACCCAAAUCAGGACGUCAUUUAGUUGUCCCAUCUCCAGAUCUAUGUAAUUAAUGCACUUUGUACUACGUUGGAAUUCCCCUCCUAUAUAAAGGGAAUCCAUGUCACUUUGUAAUGGUCUGUUGCUUCAGUUGCUCCACACGAAAUAUACAAGAACAUUCU